AUGGCUAGCUGCAGCCGCGGCAUUCUGAUCGCUGGGGUUACGAACCGGGCGCGGACGCAGAUGGCGGAGGGCAUCUUGCGCUGCCUGACAGCAAACACGGUGUUCAUUAAGAGCGGCGGCGUCCACCACGAGGCGACAGUCCACCCGCUCGCCGUCAAAGUCAUGCGGGACAUCGGCAUAGACAUCAGCGGUCAGUUUGUCUCGUCGCUCGAAAGCGCCCGGAGGCAGCGCGACACCUACGACGCGUACAUCAGCAUUGAUUGCAGCUACGACAGGCGGACAACGGACAAGACGCAACGGCCCUCUGCAGUGGUCAAAAGGCACGUGGCAGACGUCGCGCAGCGUAGCACAGACACAACGCGCAUGAGGGAUGAUGAGCAUGGCGAUGCUGGUGGCGCCCCCGCUCCUUGUGAGGAUGAGGAGCAGGAGGAGGGGGCGGUGUACUACGACCCCUUGCUUGUUCCUAGCAUGCCAUCCCAUUGGGAAUAUGGCGCCGAUGCGACGGAUGCUCGGCGAUGCUGGAAGAUCUGGAGUCCGCGCGACCCUUCGAUAUUUCACGAAACAUCCACGCGUAAGUUUCAGGACCAUCUGUAUGCGGGGGAACCGCUCUUCAUGCAGCUGCACCCGAGCGGCACACGUGCCAGGAUGAAGGUGUCGGAGCGGUGGGAAAUGGAUGAGAUUUCUACCCGGUACGCGCUUGAAUGCCGUGCUGGGCACGAGGACCGCUUCCUGCGGGCACGGGAGGAUCUGCUGCAACGGUGUGCAGCGUUUCUGUCGAAGUUGGAGAAACACUACGGCGAGAGCCUCCUGCUGGACGCGGCGGUGCUGCGUGGGACGUCCCUUGUCUCGUAA